AACAUAUUUUAUUUUUGAGCGCGCGCCGCGUGAGGUCGCGUCAGUCGGGUUUCUGCGCUUGCCGGUGUUGGGUGUGCGUCCUCCUCGACUCUUAAAUUCGUGUCAUAGUUUAUUUAAAACUGAUUUUCAUAAAUUAAAAUAGCCUUAACUAUAUUUAAAGUUAUUUAAGGACGUAGUGUAAUCUUUAAUAAGUGUGUUGAUUUUACGUCAAGUGUGUAUUAACCUCUAUUUAUUUUAGUGUUUAAAAAUAAGACGAUCUUUAAGUCAUUCCAAAGGCGCGCACCAUGGCCAAAACAGAGAAGUCAUUUCCAAGAAACUUUACAGGUUGUCUAACAUGCGUCCAAGUGUUGAAUAUAAUGGUCCUCCUGGGCUUCAUGUUGAACUACGCCCUCCGAGUGAACCUCACGAUUGCCAUUGUGGAAAUGAUUUACGAUGACAACGACAACCUCACUGCUGCCAUGAACAUCACCCACGGACCUCAUAAUGUCACUGAGCACCCAGAACACAUUGAACAAACUCGUUACCACUGGGACACGAAGCAAAAGAACCACUUGCUUGGCUGCUUCUUCUGGGGUUACGUGCUCACAGAACUACCAGGCGGCAGAUUAGCAGAAAUCAUUGGUGCCAGGCGGGUGUUCGGCUACAGUACUCUGCUAGCCAGUAUCCUUACCCUCCUCACUCCUGGCUCCGCAGCCAUCGGCUUCGGAUGGAUAGUAGCCGUUAGAGUCUUGCUAGGAUUCCUCCUAGGAGCAACAUGGCCAGCUAUCCUCCCUAUGGCAUCCAAAUGGAUUCCACCAAUGGACAGAUCAAAAUUCAUGUCUAACAUGAUGGCAUCAUCGUUGGGCGCGGCGAUGACGAUGCCAAUUUGUGGCUUCCUGAUCGCCCACUUCGGCUGGGAGUCAGCCUUCUACUUCACUGGUAUAAUCGGCGUGAUGUGGUCGGUAGCAUGGUUCGCAGUGGUGUACGAUACGCCAGGUCAACACCCUCGCAUAUCGGAGACUGAGCGCAACUACCUCAUGAAGGCGCUGCCUCAGGAUAACAACAGCAAAGGGCACAUGCCAGUACCCUGGAAGAGGAUGCUGCUGUCUCCUCCGGUCUGGGCCAUCAUCAUCACCCACGGAGCCUCCGUGUUCGGCUACUUCACGGUCGUCAACCAGCUGCCGAGCUACAUCGAGAGCAUCCUGCACUUCAAUAUUAAACAUAACGGCCUCCUCUCAUCCCUGCCGUACUUAGGCAAGUACCUGUGUGCACUCGCAUCGUCGGUGCUGGCUGACUGGCUCAGACGCAGCGGCAAGCUCUCCACCACGGCUGCCAGGAAACUCUUCACUGGAUUCGCUGUUGGACUGCCUGGUUUACUAAUGAUAGCCCAAGCAUACCUGGGCGGCGACCGGGUGUGGUCCAUAGCUAUCUUCACAUCAGCACUGACCAUCAACGGCGCUGUCACUGCGGGAUACCUCGGCAACGGGCUGGAUAUCGCGCCUAACUUCAGUGGUACAAUCUUCGGCAUGGCGAACACGCUUUCAUCGUUCGGUGGUUGGCUGUCUACCUUCAUGGUCGGAGAACUCACCAAGGAAAAUAACACCCCAGAACAGUGGAAGAUAGUAUUCUACAUCCUAGCGGGCACCUACAUAACCGGAGCCCUAUGCUUCGUGACCUUCGGCUCCGGGGAGCAACAGCCCUGGAACUCCUCAAAACCCACCCCUGACGUGGAGAAGCCUCAUGAGGAACAACCUCUCAAUGAGGAGAAGGCGUGAAGAGGUGGAGGUGGAAGGAAGUCAGACAUGCUAAGGUGAUUUGAAAGUUGGUUAGAGGUAGUUCGGUCAGUUUUGAAAGGUUUUUAACCGAUUUCUCGAAAAAGAGGUUCU